AUGAGGAUGAGAAGAAUUGAGGGAAACGAGAAAGAAGGUGAGGAAAUCAAUCGAGAUGAGGGCGGGAAUGUUGAUGGGAAAGACGAGGAAUGGAGCAAAGAAGAUGACGGGGAAAUUGAGGUGAAUAAAAUCGAGGAUGGCGAGAACGAAGAUAGUGUUCAGGAGGAGGAAGUGUAUGAAUGUGUAGAAGGGUGUUUGGGCCGGGUACAGAGACGAGGUGGGUAUUGUGAAGGCAGGCGGUGCCCUGGAGGUAAGCGAAGACGUCGAGAUGUGGAAAGUGAACGAGAUGGUGAUUGUCGCCUGCCUGCUCGCGUCUCGGCAACAGAGCAGGCAAUCGAUUGA